AUGGCUCACAGAUUGGGAGGCCGUAGAAAAAAUGUCAAAAAGGGAUUUCAAUUUACUCUUAUGGUUGUUGGUGCGUCUGGGACAGGCCGCACGACUUUCGUCAACACUUUGUGCGGGAGUGAGGUGCUACCCAAAAAAGUAUGUGACAAUCCCGAGAAAGCACAUAACGAAGAAGGCAUUCGCAUCACACCAAAGACUGUUGAAUUGGAUGAGGAUGGAGUCAGAAUUGCUUUAACCAUUGUAGACACUCCCGGCUUUGGUGACAACAUAGACAAUGAAUUUUGUUUUCAAGAGAUUAUGGGAUAUUUAGAGAGACAAUACGAUGAUAUCCUUGCUGAAGAGUCGCGCAUUAAAAGAAACCCUCGUUUUAGAGAUAAUCGAGUGCAUGCGCUUCUUUAUUUCAUUGCCCCAACAGGCCACUCCUUACGUGAGAUCGACAUCGAGCUAAUGAAGCGCUUGAGCCCUCGUGUUAAUGUUAUUCCCGUUAUUGGUAAAGCAGACACACUAACACCAAGCGAACUUCAAGAAUUCAAGAAAAGGAUUAUGGAAGAUAUCGAUCAUUACAAGAUUCCGAUAUAUAACUUUCCAUACGACGUGGAAGAAGAUGAUGAAGAGACCGUAGAGGAAAACAGUGAAUUACGGGAACUUUUGCCGUUCGCUAUUAUUGGAAGCGACGAAGAAAUUAUGGUGAACGGAAGGGCCGUUCGAGGACGCCAGUAUCCUUGGGGUGUAGUCGAAGUUGAAAAUCCUCAACAUUCCGACUUUGGCAAACUGCGAUCUGCUCUUUUGAGUUCUCACCUGCAAGACUUGAAGGAAAUUACCCACGACUUCUUAUAUGAGAAUUAUCGUACUGAGAAGCUUAGCCGAAGUGUUGAUCACGCUACCGAAGAUAAUAGCAUUUUACCAGAGGAUUUGGCCACCCAAAGCCUGAGAGAAAUUGAACUGAAGGUUCAGAGAGAAAUUACUGAAAAGAGACAAGAACUGUUGGCAAAGGAAGAAGCUUUGAGAAGUCUGGAAGCUCGAUUGGCACAAGCCCAAGAAGCUAAUUCUAGUUAA